CGCGCGGCCAUCACGUGAUUUCGCCAUGGCGGCGUUUGCGGAUUUGGACCUGCGGGCGGGUUCCGACCUGAAGGCGCUGCGCGGGCUAGUGGAGAAUGCUGCUCACUUGGGCUAUUCAGUUGUUGCCAUCAAUCAUGUUGUUGAAUUUAAGGAAAAGAAACAGGAAAUUGAAAAACCAGUAGCUGUUUCUGAACUCUUUACAACUUUGCCAAUUGUACAGGGAAAAUCAAAACCAAUUAAGAUUUUAACUAGACUGACAAUUAUCGUUUCGGAUCCAUCUCACUGCAAUGUUUUGAGAGCAACUUCUUCAAGAGUCCGGCUGUAUGAUAUCGUUGCAGUUUUUCCAAAGACAGAAAAACUUUUUCAUGUUGCUUGUACACAUUUAGAUGUGGAUUUAGUCUGCAUAACUGUAACAGAGAAGCUACCAUUUUACUUCAAAAGACCCCCUAUUAAUGUGGCAAUUGACCGAGGUGUGGGCUUUGAACUUGUCUAUAGCCCCGCUAUCAAAGACUCCACAAUGAGAAGGUACACAAUUUCCAACGCCCUCAAUUUGAUGCAGGUCUGCAAAGGAAAGAAUGUAAUUAUAUCUAGUGCUGCUGAAAGGCCUUUAGAAAUAAGAGGCCCAUACGAUGUGGCAAACUUAGGGUUGCUGUUUGGGCUGUCGGAAAGUGACGCCAAGGCCGCAGUGUCCACCAACUGCCGAGCGGUGCUUCUGCACGGAGAAACUAGAAAAACUGCUUUUGGAAUUAUUUCCACGGUGAAGAAACCUCGGACAUCAGAAGUAGAUGAUGAUUCUGUUCCAGCCUGCAAGAAAGCCAAGUGUGAGAGCUGAAAUGAGUCACCGUCUCUGUCAACACUCCCUUCUGCCUUUUGAGAAUCCAUCAGCCGCAACAGAAACGGAACCUCCGUAUGAUUCACUAUUUUCACUUGGAGCUAGAUACCGGUAGUCUAUAAAAGCAGUCUUAUAUUUAAGCCAUUAAAAUAGCAAAACCUAGUAAAGCAUUUAAAAAAAAAAAAA